UUUCCUGCGAGCAGUGUAGCUUUAGUGAUAACUUCUUGUCACAAUUGUUCACCUUUUCUGUGACAUUCAUACAAUACUAAAAUGCCACUUCAAAUUUCAACAAAAGAAAACAUUCGUAAACAUCUCGAGAAUGUUUCUCUAAAAGAUAAUACUUCUCCAAAGAAAUUAUGUACUUCACCAGCUACUCUUCACGAAAAUGGCACUAAAAAUGAGGUGAAUAAAAUCCUUAGAAAAGUUACAAGAAAAAUGAAAGAAAGUGAAUUCUCUCCAGAAUUAGAACCACUGCUAAAAGAAAAUCCACGUAGAUUUGUUGUUUUUCCUAUCCAAUGGCCUGACAUUUGGCAAAUGUACAAAAAAGCAGAAGCCUCCUUUUGGACAGUGGAGGAAGUAGACCUUUCUAAGGAUUUAUUUGACUGGAACAGUUUAACUAUCAGUGAGAAAAAAUUUAUAUCACAUGUAUUAGCAUUUUUUGCUGCUUCUGAUGGAAUUGUCAAUGAAAAUCUUGUUGAACGAUUUAGCCAGGAGGUGCAAAUAACAGAGGCACGUUGCUUUUAUGGCUUUCAAGUUGCAAUGGAAAAUGUGCACUCAGAAAUGUACUCUUUGUUAAUCGAUACAUAUAUUGCAGAUGCUAAAGAAAGGGACUUUUUAUUUAAUGCGAUUGAAAAUUUGCCGUGUGUUGCGAGAAAAGCUAAUUGGGCAUUAAAUUGGAUAAAUCAUGAAACUGCUACCUUUCCCGAACGUGUAAUUGCAUUUGCUGCAGUGGAAGGUAUUUUCUUUAGUGGUAGUUUUGCUGCCAUUUUUUGGUUAAAGAAGAGAGGACUUAUGCCAGGCCUUACAUUCAGUAAUGAACUCAUUUCUAGAGAUGAGGGAUUGCAUUGCGAUUUUGCAUGCUUAAUGUUUAAACACAUCAUACAGAAACCUUCGAAUGAACGCGUCACAUCAAUUAUUAAAGACGCGGUCCAAAUUGAACAAGAAUUUUUAACUGACGCUUUACCCGUUGAAAUGAUAGGCAUGAACUGUAAACUCAUGUGCCAAUAUAUUGAAUUUGUUGCGGACAGAUUGCUUGUAGAAUUAGGUUGCCAAAAGUUUUAUAAAUCAGAAAAUCCAUUCGAUUUCAUGGAACAUAUUUCUUUGGAAGGUAAGACGAACUUUUUCGAGAAAAAAGUUGGAGAAUAUCAAAAAUGGGGAGUGAUGGCAAACAAAAUAGAGAGCAAUUUUACAGUUAAUGCUGACUUUUAA